CAAAUAUCCAAACAACAUCGCACAAACCUGACCCAAGAAUAUGUAAUAAGCCUUCCUGUUGCCUAGCAACCGUUACCAUGUUAUUGUUGCAAACACAAACCUGACUGUUCCAGAACGACAACAGACAUUACAAAGGGCUAUAGAAUAGGUAAACAACUCCCGGUAAUCUUGUUCUAAUAGUGCGAUCAAUCAAAAUGAGUGAAUCAGUGGGACUGAAAUCACCGAAAAAAAGACGUGCCAGGCAUCGCUAUCGUCGUCGUUCAUCUGGCAAGCCGACCGUUGGCACCAAAACUCACCAGUCGAAACCAGCUUCACCACCGCCAGUAGCAGCUGCAGAUGCGUCUGUACGAGCGGAGCGAGAUCAUAAGCCUAGAAAGGCAAAAGUAGAUCCCAGAUUUCUGCAAGAAGAGCGCGAGGUAAUAGCAUCGCUGGAGCGCUUAAAAGUAACGUCCGACGUGGAUGGUGCAAAUUCAAAACCAUCGCUGCACGAGAUCGACAGAGCCAUUCUCUUUUUUACCGAUGUACUACCGGAUGAGGAAUUCUUCGACGCGGAAGACACAGAACCCGAAGCUGCUCUUCCGAUCGGUACAGAUGAGGUUCCGCAGAAAACACCUUCCCCGCGGUCAUCGUCCUCUAAUGAAGCGGAUACUCCCACACACCUUGCGUCGUCGUACUUCCAAGCCGAAGAUGGAACACCGGUGGUUGUACCCUGGAAACUACAAAAGUAUACCUUUUGCGAUGAGGAUCUGAUGUACUAUCGACCCGCUGCCACGCUACCCGAAUCCCGAGCCACCCUUGAGCAGGUGUGUGUUAUCGACCCGAAUGUCGAAUCUUCGGACAUGGAAGAUGACCGUGCUCGCCGCAUCGAAAAGCCACCGGUUAGUGUGGCGAACAAGAACCGAAUGAUGAACCGUUUGCUGGAAGAGGAGCAGGAAGAGUGGUUCGAUGCGAGCGGGGAGCUUGUGGAUUUCCGGUGCUACAUCGAAAGUCAAACACGGGUGCGGGGGUUCUGCAGCAAAACGUUUGUGCCGUUCUUCGUUGAACCCAUGCCGCUCGCCAAGACGCUGGAGCGUUUACCGAUGGAACGUACGGUCAAGAUCCUGAUCGGUAGGGUACGGUUCGAUGCACAUCCCUCGCUGGAGGAAGUGGUACGACUGCGGCUGCGAAUAGUGGAGCUGUACAAACAGUACUACCGGAUCAGGAAGCUUAACAGAAAGGAAGCUUUGCAGGCAAAGCUGGACGAGCUGCGAGAUGGUAGUGGAGAUGCGGGAGAGGAAUUACAAGAACCGGAAGAACCAAUCGAUUCCUACGAGAAGAAAAUGUCCCGCCGAGAGUAUAGAAAUCUUUUGUAUCAAGAGAUUCGUACGGAGCGCCAUUUGGCCCAACAGAUACUGGAGCUUUGGGAGGAGCUGAAAGCAAAGCACCAGGACGGAUGUGGGCUGAAGAUGUCUGUCAACAGCCAGGACACGGAUGAGGACCGUGAUGGUAGCGAUUGGCAGGAACGAUAUGAGCUGGAACUGCGUGAAACGCUGGAAGAAGAGCAGGAGCUAUACCAGCGCGACAAGCAGGAGUAUAAAGCCUACCUACGCGAUCUGGCCCUCGAACAUCGCACAGACAUCAACGAAUCAGUACCUUCGAUGCAAAAGCCUAAAAAACCGGAUGUUAGCAAGAUAAAGAAAGAGUUUCGGGUGCUGUUUGAUGAGACAUUCCGCGCUCCAGGUGAACCAUUGGUGGACAUUGUAUUGCGGCGCGAUCAGGAACGGAGAUCAGACCCAUCCGGGGUUCCUUCCGGUCGAGAUCUUUUGUUUAAAAUGAAGCUCUUCAUUGACAACAAUCACGUGGCAUCGACCAGGGCACGCCAUUUUGAGACCGAAGAUCGCACGAUGAUCGACUUUAACACGUCCUUUUCUAUCAAACUAACGACCAAGAUCCCGGAGACGAUUGCCCUGCAUCUGUACGAAAAGAAUCGAAUGAUGAUGAAAAGCAAACGAGCGGAACUUUUUCUACCUCUGCCCAGCUCGGAUGAGCUUUACGAGGAUAUGGAUUUUGUGGACUAUCAGUUCUCCUCUGGCAAACCGUACCAGGCGCAGACAUACACUAACGGUACGGUUGAGUUGAGGAUCGGAUGGAUGGAGCCCUCGGAUGGGAGCUUUCCCAGUCCCAGCCAGCGUCGCACGGUGCCGAAACGGGUCGUCGUGCCAAGGGAACUGUUGCGCCGAUGGAUCGACGAUCGGGCAUUGGAUAGUGAAAACGAACCGAACGCCGGCACUGAUGCAGCAUUGUUGCGAGCACUGAACGAAACUGAGCCCACCACUUCCCAGGAGCGUGACCGGCGCCGUUCGAAAGAUUCCACCCAAGCUGCGGACGAGUCCGAUGAGACAGAGUUUCUCUUCAACGAGGAUCUGCUUGCCUUUUGCAGCGAGGAAACGAUCGAGCAAAACGAACGGCUCAACAUGCUGAGCAAACGGUUCCAGUGUAGUUUAAAGUAUCGGGACGCUAAAUUUAUCCCGCAAACCGAGCGAGAGUUAGCGGUCGACGGCAUUGAGGAGCAGUCGAUGAAAAUUAUCGACGAAACGCUCGGUACGGAUCCGAUCGAUUUGCAGCGGCACCGGGGUAAGCGCCACCUGCAGAAGGUGUACGACACGAUCAGCAAUCACUGCCGGGUGCUGAACCAGGACAAGGUGAACAAUGCCAAUUUGCUGGUCGGCGGCGAUCAGGUGCCAUCGUUCGGUUCGCUCAGCUUGGCAUUUUUGGAGAUAUUUGGUCCGAGACGGCCGCUGAAACCGUCGCGCCGAUCGCCGAACAGCCGAGCAUCGGUACGGGUGAGCGACGUGACGCGGUUCAAGAUUAUUGUCACGAUCGUGCGUGCGUUCGGUAUACCGAUGCGCAUGGAGGACUAUCAGACGGGUGCGGUUGGUAGAAGGAACAGUAACAUGUCCUCGUCGAACGGACGAUUCUCUUUCCGAACGUCGAACGUACGGCCGUACAUAGCAGUGUCGUUGAAGGAUCGCAUUUUCCGCACCUCGACAGCUGAUGGAACGGCGCCAACGUGGAACGAACAGCUGGAAGUACCGCUGGACUGUAGUACUGAUCAAAUACGGAAACAUCUGCACAUUGACCUGUACGAUGAGUACAUGGAAGAUCUGCUCGAGGAUGAUCGUACCAGACCGACUGAGGUUUACCAGCGUAUCUCGAGCCGAUGGUUGGGCCAGCUUCGUAUCCCAAUCAGUACGAUCUAUCUGAAUCAACGGCUGGAAGGAACGUUUGAGAUAAAGACACCACCGAUUCUGUUCGGCUACGAUCGGCAGAUGCAAGACCACCCAACGACGGAGCUCGUAGAUAACUAUGGAAAUCCAAUUGGGCUACUCGGUGGCGGUGUAGGAACUGGCGUGAGUGGUCUGCCAGACAUGCGGGAACUAACACACGUGACACUGUUCAUCAGUCUGGUGCCACUGAUCGAACGACCGAGUCUCGAUACGGGCGGUUUGGAGUGUGUAGAGCUGGAGCGUAUCAAAACACGCAUCUACCUGUGGUAUGAAGAGUACCGGCAUGAGUUUCCUUCCCGUGCAGUGGUCCCACCGAUGGUCACACUGCUCGGUGGAAAGCGUAUCUGUGCCACAAGGCUGCUCGGCCCAUUGCCGAUACCGUUUCCGAUUGAUGAGCUGGCGGAAACCAUGAUCCGCCGGUACGUUUCGCUUAUUCCAGUGCACUACAGCGUAGAUCCGUGCUCACAGUUGAGCGGUGUAUGGCUUACCAAUAAGGAAAUCCUUACCAUGAUGUGUGGCUCGCCGAAAGAUCUCGGUGUCCUGCUGGCCUGUUUCUAUCUUCAGCUGGGCUACGAGGUGUGGCUCAUCUUCGGCAAUAGCGUGCUGAUGGGCGAUACUACCUUUGUGCUGCUUCUGGAUGGAGGUGAAUUCUUCGUCGUCGAUCCGUGCAGUGGCAAGCGGUACAGCUCGACCGACACGUACUGUCCGCUGAAUCGGAUAUAUCUGAUUGUGGGUCCGGACAAUGUGUGGGGCAACAUUCAGAAGGAAAACCGUGUCUUUCUCACGCAGCUCGAUGUGCGCAAGUCGGGCUACUGGCGUGCGUUGUUCAAUCGUUUCCACGAGCCACCGGUUGGGUGUGUGCAGGAGGCUUCCUUUCCGUUUCGCGAGGCACUACCCGCCAAAGAGCUGCAGCGUGCCAUCGAACGGAAGCUCAUGCGCAAGAUUGCCUCGUGGCGUACGCAGAGGAAAACGGUUUGGAAUCGCUUCAUAAGCGAUCAUCUACGCAGCACGUUGAUCAGCUUGGAGCGGGACACGUGCUUGCAGGCGAACACGGAACGGCACGCGGAAGCGUUUAGCCAGAUGUUCAUAUCGUACAAGGUGAAUGGGUUUCCCAUCAACCUGCCCUACAACAACCUCUCCACCAUUGUGGCCCACGUGAAGGGUACCGGCAUACACUUAAACUCAGAAGCUGCCGUAGAGUUUGCACUGGGCGUACACAUCAAGGACUAUCCGUGCAAUGUGUACUCGGUUUGGAUUUUCCUGAUGUCACUUGUGCCAAGGGCUUAAGGUAGGCUUUAUAUGCUGUAUACUAGUGCUAAAAUCAUUUACUUUUGCAAGUAGAAUAUACGCGCGGGAGUGCCAAUGUGUUGGUGCAAUAUAUUGAGAAAGGUUGUUGUAUAGCUGUGACUCGCUCACGCACACACACACAGCAGUCGGAACAGUCUGACAAAUAUCACAUGACUCGUGACUCGUCAUCAAAAGGGAAAAUUUAGCGUUAGAUACCCGUGUGGAAACAAAAACACAAAUCAUUUACUUUGGGAAUGAUGAAUUGUCUAUUUUUCUCGUUUAUACAAUGAUUUUGGGUUGCUUUUUCUCUCCGCUCUUCGUUCGAUACGUUCUAAAACAAAAACAAAGUAUUGGAAUCAUCUCUUUUGGGACAAGUGGGACAAAUUCUCUUCAUAUAGCUCCCGCUUCCUUUCUAUCUUUGAUUGAUUUCUUUUUCUUGUUGAGACGUAGUGUACAACAAUCAAACUAAACCAUCGUAUGGAGCUGAGUAUGAUCUCUAUGGAUGGAUGGGAAAGAGGGUAAUGUUUUAAGUGAUUUGUUUCUCUGUUAAACAUUCUAUGCGAUCCGAUGAACUGAUUCGUCAUCCUUUCCCCAUCUUUUCAAUCGAUUUAACGAUCACACAGGGUGGUGAAGAGUAAAAUCGUACUCGUACACGGUUGGAAAUGCUUUCGUUGCUUGAAAUGAAUACAAAGUGUGGACGUUGCAUGCUUUCAAACGGUGAUCGAGAAAAAUGGACGAAGAGAAACUCACCGUGCUGGUUAAGGUGAGCAGAUUGAAUGAUCGGAUUAUCAAAACGUUCUGAGUAGAAAGAAGCAUUGUGUCCUUUCGAUAAAACUUAAUGCAAAUUGGGUGAAGAGGGUUUUCGAUUUUCGUUUUUGUCUGCCAAGGGGAAAACCAAUAUCACCAAUAUUUGUUCGUAGUUCGACAUCGUUUCGCUCCUUCUUCAGGUAAAAUCAACCAAUCAACCCAAAACAACCAUGCUCUAUCGUUUUCCCUCUAUUACUUGUUGCUGUAUGGUGUUUUUCUGUUCCAAAUUUGAUAACAACUGUGAUGUCGCAUAAACAGUUCGCUUAAUCAGUUAAUAUAUGCUGCCUCUUCUACACACAUCGUCCUUUUGUUACGUACGCUACAUCAAGAUGAUUUCUUCUCAUAUAUUUAGGUUGUGCUUUGGCUGUGAAGCUAAUUCGAGUUUUUGGGGUUUUUGUCCUUAUGUGUGUCUGUGUGUCUGUCUUGUUGUUUUGCCUGGGAAAUUGGGUUCUUUUCGUUUCCUUUUUUGAAGUGCAAUGAGUGUGGUGUGUGGUUUCCUUUUCGUUUUGAGCCAGUACAGAUCGAAACAGUUCUAUUAUCUUCUGCUUGUUUUUUUGUUUUGUUGUUGCAAAUUCGACACCCUCUGCUGCGUACUGCAGAGCGUUUGCAUUUGCUUACAGUUUCGGUCGGUAUAGUCAUUAUAGUUUUGCGUUUUUCGGUGCUAGAAUUUAUAGGGAACUAUAUUGUCUAUACAUUAGGCACUUCACCCUAUAUAAAUUUGAUUGAAAAACCGUUUGUUUUUUUUUUUUGUUGUUUUUACUUCCUGUUCACUUUUACACAUACAUCUCUUUCUGUACGUGUUGCCCAUUGCUCUAUGCUCUGCUGUAUCGAUUCGCUAAUUGUGCUCGAUCGUUACGCUUAACUGUGUCUUUACUACGUUGUUGUUAGUAGUAGCAUCAUCAUUCUUUUCCUUCCCAUUUCAGUAUCAGUACAGUUUUAAAAAUCCACCGUUAGCCAGGAUUUCCACCGAUACGAGUGACGAUUUCCUGCGUUUACGCGUACGCGUUCUCAAAUUGCUUAUAAGAAUUUGCUCGAUUAAAGUUUGUUUGUUUACUGCGGUACGCAGUGUGCGGCACGCUGCACGUACAGCGGCACACGAGGAGUUGCAAACAUUCCGUACCAUGAUUAUGUGAAGGGGGUUUGGAUGGAUGGUUUGGCGGCAAGGGUUAAAAACGGAGUGUUUCGUUUUUGUAUAUAUUAUGUUUAUUAAGUUAUUAAGACUGUAUGGCAUGUAAGGAAAUGAUAGUAACAGAUCAUGCAAAUAAACUAUCAAACACAAAUCAAUCAAACAGCCAUAAAUCAAAUGCUCUUUUCAGAUUGGAAUGUUGAGAGUGCUUGAAUCAAAACAUGACAUGUUACCUUUUCUUCCAAUUUUCAUCAACAAUUGGACUCUAUGCUUCGGUUAGUGACUUUCAUUCUUUAUGGCUUUGUUCAUCUUGUACCGCUGUACGCAUUCUUCUUUCUCCCCUCCCCUCCUUUUUUUUAAUUGUCUUUACCAACUGCUUGUAGUACGUUCUGUGUGUUUGUGUGUUAUGUUUGCUGCUAUUUACAACACCAAUGUUGUAGGAUUGAGAGUUUCUGUUUCUGUAUCGUUUAAUUGUUUAUAGUUCGCUUUUAUCUGUAAUGCACUCUCUGUCGUUUAACAAAUCUAUCUACAGUAUUGUUGUUUUUGCGUGUGUAUGCAUUGUUUAAAUUAUUUUUAAAUCUUUUUUUCUUUUUUGUUAUUAGAUUAUCAUCAUUGCCCAUUUCAUUUCUGUUUCGAUAAAUGACGGUACGUGUGUGUGUGUGUGUUUGUUCUUUUUUUGUGUGCUUUGUUUUGUUGUUGUUGUUGUUGUUUAUUAUUCCUACGAUUAUUUGCUUGUACACUACACUUCCAAUGGCAAUUCUUGUGUUCCUAUUUUUUUGUUUCUCAAAUAUAUUUUCUUUCAUUUGCAUAUCGUUGCACUCACGGUGCACGCACAAGGUUUGUUGUAAAGUUAUUUUACCUUAUUUUUGUUUCUCUCUAUCUCUUUCUGUCUUUUUUCUUGUUCUUUGCAUUCAGUAAUACUUUUAAUCACAUUUUUCGAAACGAAACUUUAUCGUUUACCCUGUAAAAUAUUUCCUAUGGCCGAUCGGAUUGGAUUGCUAGUGGCAUUUAUGAAAUGAAAAUGUUUGAAAACUCAUCUAUUAACAACCUAGCGUUACAUAUGGCUACUAUCGUUACUGAUAUCAUGGGGUUUAUUUUUCUUUUUGUUUAUUCGCUCUCGCUCUCUCUUUCUCUUUCUCUCUCUCUCUCUCUCUCUCUCUCUCUGUUGUGGUUUACGUUUGUUUAUCACUCCUUUGCGUAUCCGGGACGCUUAUGUCACUUGAAAACUGACAUUCGGCCCCCUUAUAAAGGCAUAACUGUGCCUGUCCGUCUAGUUAAAGUUUAAAAAAAAUCAAAACCAAAAACGAACAACCGCACGGUACCCUACACGACCCAAAAUUACGUCCACCGAUGUAUUUUUUUUUAGUUGCUGUUUCAUUUUUUCUGUUGUCUGCUGAUCUCUAUCCAAAACGUUCAGCUAUCUGUUACUAAUCGUGUUACUAAAAAAUCUACUAAUAAUGCUCUGCUAGUUGACUGAAUUUUCCAUUUUCCUAAAUGACGAGCACGGGGGCUCGUAGCUUCCUUUUGUUCUACCGUUUCCAAUGCUUUGUUCUACCUGUGCCAAUACACAUUUCCAUAUGAAUGUUCUCUCUAUCCUCUCUCUCUUUCUCUCUCUGUUUUAGGCCUCACAGACCGACGCUACAAUUUAUCAGUUUAGUACACUAAACACUAACGAACGCGAGGUGGCCGCUUCGUUAGCAAAAUUCUUUGGCAGUAUUUCAUUAGUUUUCCACACCAUCCCCUUUAUCUUCCAUCCGUGAUGGGGGUUUCGUCGAUCGCAACGUGGGUGUGUGUGUGUUUUCUUUUGCGACCAGUUUUGCGAUCUACUGAAAAUGCCUCAAACUUGGCUUGCUCCGGAAUUGAUCGCCGGAAAUUGCGCCUACAAAUCUGUGUACAUGUAUGUGUGUGUGUGUGUACGUGUGUGUUUGUCUACGUCUUAACGUCAUCGUUUGCGUCCUAAAUUUUUGUUCUCGCAAAACUAUCUAACAACUAAACUAUGUACAAAUCUCACGACCUCACGUGUUUGCAACGAGCCUGAGAACUGGGACAGCGUUAGCUUUUAUCGCGCGAACUGAAAUGCUUCUGGGUUAAAUGCUUCGUUUAGUGGGCAGCGGCUUUCGACUGGGAGGAACGACUAACAAAGGACGUUCCUUUGACAGAAGGAAACUCGAACGCAGAACAGCUGCAACAGUACUCCAAACAACUCAGAUACACUAAAACAUAAAUGCAAAACUUAUCGCUACACCGUUUGCUGUUUGGCUUGUGCGUUGUUACUAUUAAGAAUAAAAACUACCCAUUUACCUCCCAAAUGUACAACAAACUGGUAAUGUUAAAAACAAAACCGCCCCGAAUAACCUUAAUCUACUUUCGGGCACAAUUUCCACGCGGGAGUGAACGGAACAGGGACGAUCGUGUGUGCUUGCGAGUUGUAUACCUUUUUUGCAACGGAGCUACACGUAUUUAUCACUAUCAACAUCUAGAACACCUGAUUUCCUGAGAAUUGUAACGAAUUCAAACUAAAACGACAUUAAAACACACGGGACACACGGGAGAGGGCAAAUGAAACUUAUCUAAACUUUGCAAAGUUACAAUGAAAACAGGCCCGUCGAGUUUGCCCACGCGAAUGUAAUGGUUAAUGUGUGCGCCUAUAUCCUUGCUGGCGUGUUUUAAGGGCAUUUGCCUGCAGUGGUUUUAACGGUGCCAUGUGAACAGCGUGUGUGUUGGUGUGUGUGUAUGUGUGCGUGUGUGUGUGCGCUACUUAUAACAGUGUCGUAGUCGCUGUUAUACGCGUACACUAAAUGCCGGGGGGAGAAGAAGGGGGUCAAUGGGCGGUUUUUGGAACCGAAAUCCUUGUGAUAUAUAUUAUUAGUAUAUAUGCGAUGCGUCACGAUGUCCAUCUUUCAUCGGGGUUAUGUGGAUUAUUGUCGAUUAUAUGUGGUUUCUUCUGCUUGAUCAUUCUUCGCUUACGUUUUAGAUACAGCAAUGGUUGUAUCCUACCGGCUACCGGGCUAAGUAAAUACACAAAAUUGGAUAAUGAAACAAACCAAAAGGCGCUAAACGAUAAUACAACA